AUGCCGGCCUCGUCUUCUUCGGAGAGUCCUCGGCUGAAAGUCUACCUUGCUUGGGUGGACAUUUGGCUCAAUGCAUCUGGCAAUAGAGAUGAUACCCAAAAGCCUCCACCUAUGGAUGUUGAUGAUCUAUCGUCCCUCUUUCAGGAUUCAAGCUUGAGCAGGGCCCUAGAUCCAGCUCUCCUACUCGCGGCAGUAACAUCAUUCCAGCAGAGGUAUCGGAAAGGUGAGAUAAUUCUAGCUGGAACACGGCCACCGUCGUGUGAAGAUACGGACUUGCUGUCAGAAAGGUACAACCCCCGCGUUCAGUGCACCUGCGAUGGUAUAUCGCCCAUGUCAUCCGUCAAGGAUGCGAGCCUUACAAACGUAACCGCCUGUCGAUCCAUUGAGAAGAUGCUUGUGGCUCAAAGGAAUGUGAUCAAACGAGACCAGGAGUGGAAUGGACAUGGCCUCUUCACGGCGGAGAAACUGCGAGGGGCGGUUGAAGAGCUGAUCUUCUGCAACUUUGAUAUGCAGGGGAGUCCAACCAUCUGUUCGGGUGCGAGUGCUGCGUCUAUCACUCCAAUCAAGGCUCCCGAUCGUCGACCAAACCCCUUGUGUGACAAUGCUCCUCGCAUUUUCAAUAAAUAUUUCCCCACGUCUGAGAAAAUAAAGCUGUGUGCGGAUGCAAAAUACUUUUACGCAAUGGCCUGUGGAGGCAGUCCGGUGGACGAAGGCAUAUUGCGCGCCAUAGCAGAUGCUGGGAAUGACGUUUUGAUUGGAGAUUACUGUGAAGCAGCCACGGAGGAAACCCUCAAGAUCUUACAGAAGAAUGGAGCUGCAGCCGUUGCCUUUCUGAAAGCCUGCAACCUGGCGGGAAUCGUCAGUAGCUGGCAGUUGGAUAUCCUAGCAGCAGCUCAUAUCCAGUUCCGAGUCCUCGGUUACUAUCGCAACCAUGCUGUCUCCAAGAUACCAGGAGGUUUAUAUGGUAGUCGGAUGACACAUCUGACUACACAGAGGCAUAUCGACAUCGCCAAUGCAGUUGGGAUUGUGGCAGCGUCUCUGGCGACAGGCCAGCGGAUAAACGAAGCGGAAUAUAUGAAGCUCUCCUAUGGAACGACGCUGGUAAACGACCUUGUCGACCUCCGAAGUGAUACGAUGCGCAAACAGCGCGAGAACCCAGUUCUCCGCGGCGUUAGAGGGUCGGCCUGUCAGUACCUCAAGGAGAAACUUCUAGAGUGCAUAAUCUGCGCCAGAGAGCUGAUUGAAUCAAAGAAGCUGCUUGCCAUGGUGACCAUGGCCUUCUGUAACUGGACUGUCAUGGCUUCCCACCAUAAGUUAUACGAGCUAGUCCAUGGUGUCCGCGAGGGCACUGCAAUCGCACAGUGCGAAUAUGACAGCCUCGACGAGCAGUAUGACCGGCUGCUCGAGGCUCUGCAGCCAUACGGCUCGCUGGGGUCUGGUGGACCGCUCUGGGAAUUGAAGCGCAUGGAGCUGGACAAACUGUACCACGGUUAUCGGCGGUCUCCAGAGUCGCAUUCAGCCUGGUUAGCUGAUAUGGUAAGGCUGCUGCUGAAACCGUCAACGUUCAGGAGGAUCGUAGAUGUGGUGCAUUACUCCUGGACAGACGAUGUAGGUGAGGUCGAUUACUGUCCGUAG